GUCAGACAGUCAGACAGGCAGACUGCCUCCUCACUACAACCACUAACACUACUACAGCCACCGCAUCGUGCGUCCAUCGGCUCCAUCCCUCCACUGAGCGAUCUUCUCCUCCGCCUUGUGAACACGCAGCAGCCGUGAAGCUGGAAGCCUGAAGCGUCCAGAUGAAGAUGCUGGAAAACGGCAGGAAGGUGUUCAAAGAGGGGCUGCUGGAGAAGCGGAGCGACGGGCUGCUGCAGCUCUGGAAGAAGAAGCACUGCGUCCUGACGGAGGACGGCGUGCUGCUGCUGCCGCCCAAACAGCACGACCCGCCGCAGCACCACCACCACCACCAGCACCACCACGGGGACGUGGGCAAAGUCAAGGAGCUGCACUUCGCCAACAUGAAGACGGUGGACUGCGUGGAGCGGAAGGGGAAGUAUGUGUACUUCACGGUGGUCAUGACGGAGGGGAAGGAGAUCGACUUCAGGUGCCCGCAGGACGAGGGCUGGAACGCGGAGAUCACCCUGCAGAUGGUCCAGUACAAGAACCGGCAGGCGAUCCUGGCCGUCAAGUCCACCCGGCAGAAGCAGCAGCUGCUCGUGGUGCAGAUGCCCGGGCAGAAGACGGUCCGCAGCGCGCCAAACGUUGCGUGACCUGCGGCGAGACCCGUGGACGUUGGUGCGCCAUUUGCGGUUAAUUGGACACUCAGCCGGACGACGGAUACCGAGCCGGUCUGCAUCUCUACCCCCCUCUCUCCAGGAGUCCCCCUCUUCCAUGUAGUGGUUCCCACUGACCAGCGCCCCCCUUCCUGUUCUCCUGUUCAGGACAGAGACUUGUUUCACAAAGACUGAUGGACUAAAAGCAUGUGAGGAAACACCUGAAUUCUACCGUGCGAUGGGUUUAUCCCUUAUUUAUUAUGUGUAUAUAUAUUUUCUAUAUAAAAUGUUAAAUUGUUGGUGAACGUUCAGUGUGGUUGUUGCUAGAAUGGAACAGGAAACACUAAUGUGGAGGUUUGUAGCUGACAUGUUUGACAAGAAGUUCGCUGAGAAAAGCGUAAAUAUAGUUAUGUGAGAAAGAUGUAUCGUCAGUCAAAUCCUUUAACUAUAGAUAAAAUGUGUCAUUUUAUCCAUAUUUUCAUUUUUCAACUGAACCAAAGAAUCAUUUCCAGGCCUUUCUCUCGCUCUCAUGCAGAGCUACAGCUCAGAAUAUACUACACUGACAUACCCUAGAUAUACAAUGAGCUACCUGCACGCUCAAUACCUACUCUGUUUGAUCACUUGAUUUAUUCAUCGCUACAGUGAAUCUUUCAUUCUGUACAUCCAUUUUCCCGCCAUUUUAUUUUAUUUGGAUUUUAAAAAUUGCUAUCUACGACCUUUUUGUGAGUCUUAAGUCUGAGUAAGAUACUCUGACUAACCUACAGUUCUAAUCAGUUGUCUGUGCAAGCAGCCUUUUAGGACAUAUCUUCACUUGUAUUGACACUUAUUGCUAGUUGGUGCCCUCUAGUGGCCAUAAUUAUAACGACGGGAGCAAAACAAGUCUAGGAAGUCCGCCUAUGCUAGGUCUGGAAUCUUGUUAAAACAAGACUUUAGCCCAUUAAAGUGAUGUUCUCCUUGAUGAUGUGCAAACAAGAAGUCAUUAUAAGUGGUUACACACAUUCUCAAUCUUUGGGGACAACUUAGCGAGUGGUGUUGUCUGGUUCAGUGUACGAGUAGUCUCAAACUAAGAGAUGAAAGAAGCUAAUCCUUCUUCCGACUUGUAACCACAACACUUCCUCUGUGAUAAACUUCUUGAUCAAACUUUAGCUAGUUGGAUAAUCUAACAAGUUAGAAAACUGACUGUUGAGGGGCUAACUGGCUUGCUUGUCAAAGAUCUCAAAGUGACACUAGCAUGAUCCCGACAUGCUAAUCUGCGAGCUACGUUAGCUUACCGUUAAUUGGACCCAAAGGCGGACAUUUUGAAUUUACAAAAGCAAUGUAAGCGUUCCUGUAAGUCUUCCUGGUAGGGUUCUGUUUCCUAACUGUCAAAGUAAAAUCUUAAAUAAAAGCUUCAGGUGCCAUAAACAGCUUUUUCUUUUGAACUAGCAGUGUGACCACCUAAAUUUCAGAGUGCUUCUCACCAGUUCUUACUGUCGCUGGGUUAUGAAAUUUGGCUCACAGCACUGUUGCUUCCCUCGCUCGUGACUGUAAGGUCUGUUUUAAAAUGCUUUGUGUGUUUUAUUAUUUGCUGUUAUUCAAAGAAAUAUCACAAAGAAAACAUGAAAGUGAUAUAAAGUAAUUGUUAAUUUAGACCUGGAACAUUGCACUCUCCAAAAGACAAGUCAGAGUAGUUUCUCCUCUACCAUUGUUGUUGACAAAAACUGUAUCCAAAGUCCCGCCCCUUCUUCAUUCUGAUUGGUCUACGAGGGAGAAAUUACAUUGACCAUUGUGGCAGUGUUACAAAAGUUGAACUGUUUUUAACUGAGCUUGUAUGAGCGCAGCCACAAAAACACCAGCUCAAGAUGAGGGCUUUUUUUAACACUUCGGAUACUGAAUGCAGAAAAUGCUGAACUGCAUUGGUUUUGAAAAUGAGUGCUACCAGGGCAAAAAUAAAUGGUGUCCGUGCACACAGGCCCUUAAGACGGUGGAAGAACGGGGACUGAAUAAUGUACAAAAUAAACACUUUGUAACUAGCUUCUGCUUGUUAAAUAUCACAAAUUCUGUUGACUUUGCUGUUAUUGCAAAGGGGUUCUUCAUUGCAAUUCAAUCAUUCCAACCUGCUAAAUUAAGCUCACACAGACUUGGCCUCACCCAAUCACAAUUACCACAACCAAUCAGAUUCUUUUGGUCUCUGCCUUUGAGAAAUUGUCAGAAAACUGCAACUUUUAACAGAGCAAGGGAGUGGAAAAAAGUCAUUGUGCAAAGAUCAGACUGAAACGUGUGAUUGCUGUGUGAUUGUGUUGUGGUUCAGCCUCAGUGUGGUUGUUUUUCAUAAUGGAGGGAUGUCUUGCUGUCUGAAAACAUUUCAUUUCACAAAGCUUCGUGUUAUUUCCUCUUUUUCUCUAGGAAGUGUUUCUCACUGCUUCCCCCCUCUCGCCUGUGUAUCACAGCCAACCAACACAUGCCUCAGUGUUGUUGUCAUCUCCCACACAGGGUAAUAGCUGUGCCCUUUAUCUAAUGCGACUGGUGUGAUGCUUCUCUGACAUGCCUGCCUGUUGCCAUCAUUACACACACAGUUAUAGCUCUUUCUUAUUUCAACGUGAGAUCUAUUUUCAUACCUUGAAAAGAUACAUUCCAUUAAAAAAAACAAAAAAAACA